AGCCGCCUCACCAGGGACACAGCUGCACCCCGCCCCUCACCCCCACAUCACUCGCCCGUCGUUUCGUCGAUUUCAAGUCUCAAGGACUCGUCUUCAUGCCCUUUUGGUCCAAUGACGAAGCAGGAGAAGACGUGCUGCGGAGUUGUUGAGGAGGCCCGGAUUGAGGCGAGAGAAAAACAUAACCGACGCGCCAACAAGCCGCAGCCAUGGAUUGUCCUCAAGUUGACCGUCGGUAUCAUGAUUGGGCUGAUUGCUUACGCAUGUUAUGUCUAUAUCGAUCAAUUAUGUCUGAACAUGAUCUUCCAACGACCGAACGCACUUGGUUCCCGAACGAUGGGAAGAUCUUACCCCCGCGCAGUCGUAUUCUUGUCCAUCUUCUGCGCUGUAACCUUCAUGAUGCUGUGGUGUUACAUCACGGUCUGUUGCACUUCCCCAGGACACGCUAGAGACUUUGUGCCCGUCACACAACGUCCGGGAACCCAACCUCCGCCGCCACUCCGCUCAUCCUCAAUCUCAGAUGACAUCCGCGGAACCUCCUAUGAGCUCACUUCUCCCACCGUCGACCUUUCCCGACCGCCAACACAUGACCCCGAGCAACAAACGCACAUUGGCACCGGCCAGCCUCCCCCAGAUCAAUCUCCACGCCUGUCGAGACGGUCUGGGAAUGCUGAUUCGCACACGUUGGUGUCCGCAGGGUCUAUGGUAGCCAAGCAAGACCAGCGCUCUUCGCAAGCUAUUAGCCAGGACUCGGGACCGCCACGUGAAUCAUCUCAAACACAUAACGUUGCUUCGACCAGUACCAAUGCCCCCGUGAAUCCCCCAAACGUCUCCGAAGGAGACCUGCCGCCUCCGAUAUUCUCCCGCCGGCCUCCGACUACGCCAAUUCUGAACCCAGAGUAUCGAUACUGCUCGAGAGACAAGAUCAUGAAACCGUAUCGGUGCCACCAUUGCCGCGCGUGUGGAACUUGUAUCCUCAAGUACGAUCACCAUUGCCCAUGGAUCGGGCAAUGUGUUGGCGCUUUCAACCAGAAGUUUUUCUUCGACUUUGUGCUUUGGGGUGCUAUCUUUACUAUCUGGACCUUUGGCUCCCUUCUCGGCCUCGUCGUUCGCGGACAACACCAGUCCCCACCCUCAGAGCUUAACCCCCAGCACAUUGCCGUCAUCGUUCUGACCGGACUGUUCGGAAUCUUCAGUUUCAUGAUGACUCUCACACAGAUCCGCAGCCUCAUGCUAAAUCAGACAACUGUCGAGUCUCUCAACUUCAGGGCGAUGAGAGAGCGCGAACAGGCAACGCUUUCGCAUAUGUAUGCGUGGUACCAGAUAAGGGCUAAGCGGAGGACCGUGAAGGAAUGGGACCAGGAAUGGGGCAAGACAGGCACGGAGGGAAACUUGUGGUAUCUGGGAAGCGAGAAGGAGAACUGGGAGAUACAUGACGGCAUGGAUUACCCCCCGAAUCCCAGAUACGACUCGCAAGGGCGACAGCGGCGCAGGAAAGAAUGGCCAGUAGAUCUGCAGUAACUUCUCUUUGAU